GCUCUUGGAGAUUUCCCAGCUCUUCGCGCGGCACGACUUCCCGAUUGAUUCGCGAUGCAGCAGCAGCAAAUGGGAGGAUUUAGGCCUCCGACGCUACCAGGCGAGCGGGCCAUCGAGAUCCGAGAUGGAGGAAACUUGCUGGCCCGACGAGGAGAGCAGCACUUCCUGGCCCAGGUCGCCGCCGCCUCCGCCUCUCUACAACGAUGGAGCUUACUCGGAUAUGACCAGCGAGAGAAGUGGCAGUCCGGGAUUUUACGACAGAUACUAUGACUACGACGACGAGGACUUUGCAAUGCCACCGAGAAGGCCGCCGCCACCUUCACGACCAAGGCCGAGGUCUCGAGGAGAUUACUACUAUCCGGAUGAUGAUCAGUGGGGAGGAGGGGGAAGUUACGGGCCGAGGCAGCCGCCAGCUCCAAGGUUUGUGGAACGCAGCAGGAGGCGAGGGGAUGGUUACGGCGUGAACCCGAGCUUUUACAACGAAGGUGAUGAUUCCGAUUCUAUGUCAAGUCGAGAUGCCUCUCCGUCUUCUCACCGGCGUCGUCGUCGACAACACAAAGAUCGAAGCUUAAAGUUCAAAGUUAAAGACAGGUCCCGCUGGGUGCUGGAUCCGGAUGAGAGUGGCAGCAUCGAGUUUAACAGUGGUGUUCGGACGCAGGUUUCUCAGAGCGAUGACGAUUCACGGCCGGCGAGUGUUUCUUUCUCGUACCGCCCGUUUGCUUUUCAGCGAUUUUCCAGUCCUCGUCCACGGGAAGAUUCAGCUUAAGCUUAUAAAGCGCGGGAUAUCGUUAAGCAGCAAAGUCAUUUUGGCAUAGCAACAGUUCAUCGAGAGCGGCCCUCGCCGUCUCAAACUCAUAGCCCAGCAGUUUGGACCGGAAUGUUU